UUUGCGGAGAAGAGGGAGGAAAUAGAAGAAGAGAACCGGCUUUUUUAGGGGAAAUAGACACAACCUUGUCAAUAUCCUAUAUAUGCACAUGAGCGCAAACACCAUGAUAUUUAUGGUGCUGGGGGCGUCCAUUGUUAUGAGUUGACCAGAUGCCUUGGUUAUGGGCUCUUACAGGCAAUAGCUUGCUUGAUGGACAUGAACGCUCUUUUGGACCGAUUUCACAAUUAUAUCUUACCGCAUUUAAGAGGGGAAGACCGGGUUUGUCACUGCAACUGUGGAAGGUACCACGUUCACUAUGUCAUCCCAUAUGACGGAGACCAGUCAGUGGUGGACUCAUCGGAGAAUUACUUUGUCACCGACAAUGUAACUAAGCAGGAGAUUGACCUGAUGCUGGGACUCUUGUUAGGCUUUUGUAUAAGCUGGUUCUUGGUCUGGAUGGACGGGGUUCUACAUUAUGCUAUCAGAGCAUGGAGGACCAGCAGGAGAUAUGACAACUCUUGGUCAUGGAUUCCCAAGUUUUGUAACUUAAGGGAUUUUCGAAAACGUCACCCGCGGCAGUAUGACGACACCAGUGGAAACAUGGUUCACAUCAAGCAGAAGUUGUAUCAUAAUGGCCAUCCAAGUCCUCGGCAUCUCUGAGGGGCUAUCUACAGACAGUAUCCUCUGCGGACAGGGGAUGUAGAACUCUUCUUUCCUUUUGAGGAAAAAGAAAAGCAAAAACCAGUGAAUUCAUUUUCCGAAAUGGGAAGACAGUAGGAAACCAGUUUUAUUUCCUUCACGCCUUCUGCUCCUACCCUUAUCUGGUAGGGGAAGGACUCAACGUAGAGUGCAAGGGAAAACUCGGACCUUGGUACAUGUCUUGGGGCAUCCGAUUUUAGCGUUGAACUUCUGUAAAUAUGUAAAAAAAAAAAAAAACACAAGAAAAACAGAAAUUAUAAAAAAAGACUUAAUACUUUCAAAAGUGCAAGGUGUGGAAACCUCGAGACUUUCUCUAUCUUUUGUGUGUGUCUGUAGUGUUGGGGGAGUGGAGGAGUUGAGUGUCAUUUAUUGCUAAAUGUCAUUAUUGUAAGAUCUGGUAUGGGCACUCCAAGGAAAAAAACAUAACUCGUCCUUACAGUCACUGGUUUGUAGGUGAAUUGAUGUGUCUAUUUUUGUGCCAAACCAAGGAACGUCCAAUGAGGACACUAGUACCGUCUAGCACUAUGGUCCCCAUUGACUUGUUCGUUCCCAUAGACCUUGUCCUACUGUUUGCUUGUGAGCAGAACCUAAAGCAGCUUUUUAAAAGUGCAGCUCCACUUAUAUUAAAAAAUGAAAGUCGUAUUUUUUACAGAUCACACUUAUUUUGUCCCUAAGCACAUUCUUAGUUGUGGAAUCAACUAGUUUUCUAUGUUUUAAAAAUAUCUAUGUAAAAAAAAAAAUAUCUUUGUGGAUAAUGUUAAAGUGUCUGACAGUUCCAGCUAUCUGUGGUCUUUGUUAUCGUGAGGGUCGUUUCCAAAUCCUAAAUUGUGGAAUCAAAAACAGCAGUUAAGAAUAUAACAAUUUUAUGUUCUUCUAUUAGUUUUGAAUUGAAAUGACAAAAGUGGACAAAAAACUAUUAUAAUAUGGGCAAAUUCUGGCUAUUUGUUGGCAAGAUAAUUGUUUUUUAUGAUGUUGACAAAAUGAAAUCUCAUUUAAAUACAUUUUUGUUCUAAUGUUUCCACAGAUAUAGCAUCACAACUAUUUUUUUUUUUUUUUGUAGCAGCAAAUAUCAUUUUACUAGCUUUGACCCCAAUGGAAAAUCUAAUCCUAUGGUUAGGAAUACUUUACUUAAAAUUAAAAAAAAUUAUUGCAAAUUGGAUUUCAAAUACGGUAAAAUAUCAUCAAUAACAGUGAUUAUAAAAGCAUGCUUGGUGCUUUACUGACUGCUGAUGGUCCUUGCCCAAAAUGUAAUAAAUCAUGGUCUACAGUAGCAUGAGAAGUUUCAUAGACCCCCGACAUUUGGCAAUGUACUAUGCCCAUGUGUGGCCAAUGAAAAUUUCCAGCAGAACAAGGGUAUAGGGCAAUGCAGAAUGACACGUCCCAUCAUACAUUACAAUAGACUUCCGUAAGUCAACUUUUUGGAAAAUAUGUUUUUACUUAUGACAUUGAUUUUAAUUUCCACUUAUAUUUUGUGCAUUGCUUCUAAGAAUAAUCCCAGUCAGAUAUUAACUAACCAGCUAGAUCUAUAUUUUUGUCCUCAGGGGACAACCUUAUAUCAUGUAUUACUGGCAGAACAAAGACAUUCGACAACUGCAAUUUUUUAGAUAGAAAUCUUCUCUAAGACAUAGAAAUUUCUCUUUCCCUACUCCUUCUAGCUGCUUAUAUAAAACUCCAUUACCCAUGUCCAUUUUAAGAAGAGGUACGAUUCUUCAACCACCACAGGCGGCCAGCUAUUACAUGUCUAUUUCAAGCAUUGACGCACCUAUUCUGCCAAAAUUGGUGCUGAUUUUACUGCUUUAUUUUGACAAGGGGUGCUGGGUUUAGAUCCCAAUCUUUGAUGUCCAUAUGCCAUAAUGGAGAGUAUAGACAACCCCAUCACAUUUUUCCUGUUCAACUGAUGCCAAUAAACUGGAGUGAUUGGAAUUGCUCUUGAAGGGGUACUUCACUGGCCAGUGUGGAACUAAAUGUUUCCAAUGCAGUUUUUGGGCUGCGUCGUUCGGCCACUCCCCCUCGUGAUG